AUGCAGAUUCACGACUACGACGUGCUGCCACUCGUGCAAAAGUACAAGCCUAGCUGGAACCAGGAAUCGGCUGCAGCAGCGGCAGCCGACGAACAAGAGGGCAACGACCUCACGCCCCCAGCGCCCGCACCGCAAGAAGAAUUUCCGGCGCUCGAGACUGAGAGCGAUACCGACACACCAGGCACUGAAUCCCAUGCCGAAUCACAAGACGCAGGAGACCUGCCUCCUCCGUCUGAGAAAGUGUCGUCAACCCCCGGCGCCCCAGCCGAGACCAGCGACUCCUCGCCGGACGCCUAUGAGGACCACAGUGCGUCCAAAGCCGAAGCGCCAGUGUCCGUACCCAGCAGAGACCACGAGAGCUGCAGCUCCGACACAGGUGGUACUACCAGCAGCUCCGAGGCGCCGAGAACUUCGAUGGGACGCGGCACUCGAGCAACGGGACGUGCAGAAGCCCCGAUCACCUGCCCAGACAAGACCACGACCAUGAUUAUGCCUCCGACGGCGACGAGCACCCGAGCCAGCAAAUACUCUGCUCAGACCCGCAAGCUGAGCCUGUCCAACCCACUUCACAAGAUCACAGGUUCGGCCGCCGUGAUGAGUGACGGUGCCAGUGCCAUGGAAAUAGAGCGUCAAGCCACCAAACGUGCCCACCCACCGACCACGGACUCUGAGGGCUCGACGGACAGUACUCGUCUCGAAGAAAUUAUGUCCGGCUCACGCACACCGCGAACCACCACUACCGAAACGUCCGGGAACGAGACUCCAGCCGUCGGCAAGGCAGCGAGCCACUUGCAAGACCGCUGCUGGGUCAUUCCGUUCGUUGCGGCUGGCGUAACGUUCCUUACAGCCAUCAUCGAAUCUAACCGAGGCUACUUGUACGUGCUAUUCAUGGAGGAAUACCAGGCCGAUCACGCCACAGCGUCAUGGCCCGGCAACGUUCUCCUGUCGGCCAGUCAUCUUUCAGGCUUCGUCAUAGUGUUUCUUCAGAGCAAGCUCUCGGUCUUCGUCAUAGGACUCCUCGUUGUCGCAGUGUCGGCCGUUGCAGUCAUAGGUGGCGCCUUCUGUCCUGACAUGACGUGCAUGGCAGUGACGGUUGGGGGACUGUAUGGCUUGGGAUACGGAGCCAGCCUGACAUCCUUCGCCAUCUACACGAUGAUCUACUUCGAAAAAUACAUGGCCACAGCUACAUCUUUGAAGUACGCCGCUUGGUCGGCGUCAGGUCUUGUGGGCCCAUCGAUCGUCUCUUUGCUCGCCAAUUAUUACGGACUUCGCGGAACGCUCCUCUUAAUCGGAGCUAUCAUGUUGAAUGGCCUACCAUUAAUCAUGCUAAUCAGGCAUCCUCGUCCCAUGAAGCUUUGUUGUUCAGCGAGCCACUCCGAGCCAAAAACAAGCUUAUCAUCGCCUUCUAGCGAGCAUCAUGCUAAGAUGGGCCAGCGCGCAAAACAGUCCUCGUCGCCAUCGUCUACAGCUGCGCUUUCACCUCUGCCGAAAAACAUAAACAGACUCGGCUUGACAGCGAAAGGCGUGGCGACAUUGUUCCGUACGUCGGAAUUCUUCGUAUUACUUUUCGUGUACGCCGUGUACGACUGGACCGGUACGCUACACUCUACCACUUGCGUGGACUAUGGACGCGACAAGGGUACCUCGCUGGAGACCGCCAAGUAUGUGCUCACCUGCAAUGCCUUCGGUCACAUCGUGGGCAGGGUCGGUCUGAGCUUCGCCUCGGACAAGAUACCGUUCAGCCACUGUCCUUUGGCCGCCGCCUGCCUUGUGGCGUCGUGCCUGUCGUUCGUGAGUUCUUCGCUUGUCUCGUCGUUCACGUCAUUCAUGGUGCUCAACGGAUUGCUCGGCGUCAGCCAGGGCUACGUGACCUGCAUAAGGAGCGUUCUCAUCAGUCAGUACCUCGGCGUUCAACGUCUACCAGCGUUCUUCGCUUUUCUGGGCGUAUUCCUCAUACCGAUGGCGCUCACUGGUCCGAGUAUUUUGGGAUUCUUUAGGGACACUCUGGGCUCGUACGACAACAUUUAUCGACUAUUGGGAGCAGCGAACCUCUUGGCGGCGGUUGUGCUCUGCGUUCUCGCCUGUCGAGACGGAAUGCGCCGAAGUACGUGGAAGCUGAAACCGAACCUAACUCUGUCAUCGAAUGGUUUGCCAACGGCACCGUCAAGUCGAUCCGAACCCGGGGCGAAAUUUAGGGCAUAGAAAUAAGCUGCAUCAAGCUUCAUGCAGCGCUACAACUUUCUAGAAGAAAAUGAAUUCUGGAGUUUCGCGCGCCACAACCACCAUAAUAUCGUGGGACGUUGUCGAGGUCUCCGUAAUAAUUUCGACUGCGCGAGUUUGCUCAACGGGAAUAUAAAUCGAAGCAUAUGAGCAGUUUGUUUUUGUCCAGCUUUGAAAAUUUGGCAGCCUCAUCUGCUAUGGAAUGCGUGACCUCGAGCUCUGCAUUACAAAGCCAUGUCCGCUAAGUUAGCAAGGGCAGGCCAAGUUUGUACUCUAAUGCGAAAAUUCAUCCUUCAUGGCAACUGAUACUAAGCAAUAAAGGAAACGAUAUUAAAGGUAGGAAUGUCAAACGGGACGCGCGUCCCAUUUGCUACCUUGAAA